AGUACAAAGCUGUUUCCUGACAGUUUUAAAACAUUUUCAAAAACUACUUUAUAAAUCAUUGUUGACCUCAGAAGAAAUUCAUAAAUAAAUAAUAAGCAUUUUGAAUUGUCAAUAAUAAAUUAAAGAAUUUUGUUGGCUCCCAAUUAAAGCUCUUGAUACACGGCAAUAUAAAAACGCUUUUAUAUAAUUUUAGCCAAUAAUAAUACAUUUCAAACUUAACGUUUCUAUCAUAUUGACAGCAAUAACUGUCUUUAAAUGUACCUUAAACAAAAAUGGAAGAUGAAGUGUUACUUUGUGAAUCAAAUUUUUGCAGGCUUUGUGGAGAAAAGAACGAAAACGGCGUAUAUAUAUUUAGUAAAGAUGAACAUUCUACAAAUUUAGAAAACUUAAUUAAUAAAUAUUUACCUAUAACUGUAGACAUUCACCAAAACUUUCCAAAAUAUAUUUGUCCAGGAUGUCAUAUACAAUUAGAAUCGACAAAAUUAUUUUUGGAUUUAAUAGUUGUAGGCCAAGCAAAAUUAAGAGCAAUAUUACAAAAGCAGAAAGAAGAUCUUCAAAAUUCAGUUACUUUGGAGCUUAACUGUAAUGAUCCUUUUUAUACAAGAGAUCACACUUUGAGAUUGAAUGCAGAAGGGUUAGAUAAACCUAGAAGAAAAAGAGGUAGACCUGCCAAAAAACUUAUUGAUAAUGAAGAAAAACCACAGUCGGAAGGGAAGAUUGAAGAAACGAAAAAUAGCAAAGAACUAGAAGAUAUGGAAACAGAAAACAGGAGGAAAAGAAUAGUUCGAGCACCUGUUCGAUUUCAAGGAGUUGUCCAGGGGAAAGAAUUAGAGGAUAUAUUGAAAAAGGAAGGAGUUAUAGAUGAGGAAAAUAGAAUAAUUGAAAUAGACAAAGAAGAUGUUCGCAAAACGUCGCGUCAAGUAGUUAUAGGUAGAACUGAAGGUAAAUCUGGAGAAGAUUUAGGUAGACCAGUUUUUAUAAAUAGAGUAAGAAGUAAACCAAAAUCAGUUUUAUUUAAAAGGGCUGGGAUGGGAAACUUUGAGUGCAAAAUUUGCUUGAAAAAGUUUAUACACAAAGUUCAUUAUAACUUUCAUUUGAGAUCACAUGAAGAUGAAGGUUUGAACGUAAAAUCUUUGGAAAAUGAAAAUCUUGCAAAUCCACCUGUAACCGAACAGGAAAAUACCAUAGAUUUUUCAGAUGUUAUAAAUAAAGAACCACCUCCAGAACUUCAAGAUUCUCAAAAAAAUAAUAAACAACACAUGUGUAAAAAAUGUACAGAAUCAUUUUCAACUCUCGAAGAGUUGAAAACACAUUUACAAAGACAUGGAUCUAAAAAAUACAUAUGUGAUAUUUGUGGUAAAGUCUUACAGCAUAACAGUAGUCUUUUGUAUCACAAACAAACUGAACACACCAAUAAGAAAUUUGUAUGCAAUACCUGCGAUAAAAGUUUUAAACAUCAACAACUUUUACAGAGACACCAGGUUGUUCAUUCGGAAGCAAGACCUUACAUCUGUCCCAUAUGCAACUCAUCUUUUAAAACGAAAGCAAAUCUAAUCAAUCAUGAAGGGGUUCACACUGGUGAAAAGCGAUACGAAUGUACGGAAUGUAAUCAAAAAUUUGCACAUAAAACAUCAUUCAGCCUGCACCAAAGAUGGCACGAAGGCAAAAAGCCAUAUACUUGCGAAUAUUGUAAUAAGAAAUUUUCGCAAAAUGGGAAUUUGUUGGAGCACAAGAGAAUACAUACUGGAGAAAAACCAUUUUUUUGUGAAGUUUGUGGUAGACAUUUUACCACAUCGUCACAGUUAAAGGUACACGUUAAAAGACAUACAGGGGAAAAACCGUGGCAAUGUGAUGUUUGUGAUAAAAGUUUUUUGCACAAAGAUUCCUAUAUAUAUCAUAUGCGUCGCCAUUUUAACGAACGUCCUAAUGUUUGUAAGUUAUGUAACAGAAGCUUUACUGAACCAUGGGGACUUAAGAAGCACAUGCGUAUACAUACAGGAGAAAAACCUUUCAAUUGCUUCUUCUGCAAUAAAUCCUUUUCUGAUAAAUCUAAUAGGGAUAAACACACCCGUACACACCUCAGAUUUCAAAACAAAAAUAUUUCUAUUACGAGCAACAAAGAUCUUUCAAGUAUCGAAGAAAAGAAGAAUCCCCUCAACGAUCUUCAAUUGACUCAAUUAGUUGAUCAACAAGGAAAUCCUAUCAGUAUUAUUACACAAGAUGGUCAGACUGUACCAGUUGUUACUUCCGGCAAUGACGCUGAUAGUAAUUUACAUGGAUUAUUACCAGAUGGUAGCUUAGUACCAAUAGAAAUUGCUGUACAGGAUAAAGAAUUGGAAGCGGAACUCGCCCAAGGAACUCCAUUAAAUAUAUUACAGACAGUAGAGCCAGAAUCUGUUCCUAUACAAAAAGUACUCCAACCCAAAGAUAUUGUUGAACAAUUAAACCCAAAUUUCCAGUUAAUAACAAACAACGAAGAGGAACAAGUUUGCUGGAUAACAUAUUCUAUAGAAGAUGAGGAUAAUCUGUCACAAGAGUUAGUGCUGGAAUCGGCUCUAGUAAAUAAUUAAACAUAUAUUUUAUUAUAGAGAUUCAAAGACUAAUACUUUCUGAUCGAAUUUUUUUACCUACACAAUAAUGUUGUUACUACAUAGUUAUUAAAUUUACUGUGCAAUAUUUUCUUAAAUAUUAAAUAUUGUUUUUUCAAAUGCUA